ACAAUUCUUUGAUCAGCUCUACCUCUCUCCAUUUUCAUUCCAUAUUUUCCUUUCAUCGAAUCUACAAGAUCACGCCCAUUUUUGGAACGAUCACACUCCCUCGAAGGAAUUUUGGAAUUACGAUUCCUUUUGUUGAUUUUUCUCUAUAAAAAAUUCGCUCAACAUGUUUGUUGGAUGAUCAAUUGAUUAAUUCUGUGAUUAGAAGGAGAAGCUAUUGAUCGAUCGGAAAUAAUGGCGUCACCGGCACCAGCGAAAUUGCAACCGCUACACAACUUUUCGUUCACGCAUCUGAAGUGGAAAAACCAUCGCAGCGGCCGUAGCAGACUCGCCGGAGAAACCUCUUCCUCAUCGCCACCUCCGUCCAGUACAUGGCGUGAAUCUUCGUCGCUAAGGUCACAUACUCAUGCUCCUUCUCCGCCUCAUCGGUGUCAAACCUCGCCGCCAAAUGGUUUCCGGCGGCCAUCGCCUCUAGACAAGCAAUCGCCGAUGCGUGAUUCGGAGUUCGAGGCUGAUCAAAACUACUCAUCCCAAUUUAUCGAAAAAACGGGUAAAAGAAUAAUCACAGAAUCAUCGGCGAAAUCUCUCGAUAAUAAUAACAAACGGAAAAGAUCCAACAAGAUCUCUAUUCGCAUCCGAGAAAACAGCAAUCGACACGACGCCGCUGCCGAAGAAAAUCACUCAUCCACACCAAUGGAUGAUUCCGUUCCGCCACCAGCAGCAGCAGCAGGCGAAGACGAAUUAUCGCCGAAGACUUGGAAUUUGCGGCCGAGAAGGCCGCCGGUGAAUCACAAGCAAUCAUCUACUGGAGGUCUCCCGAAGAUCGGCACAUCACGAUUGCAAGAGAUUAAAACCUCUCACGAGACAGUAAUCAACAAACAAUUGCCAGAACUGAAUACCAACAAUAACACUGGUAUGAGGAAGUCGAAGAAGCAGAAAUUUUCGAUUCCGCUUUCCCGUGGUGAGAUUGAAGAGGAUGUAUUCUUGCUGACCGGAUCAAAGCCGUCUCGGAGGCCAAAGAAGAGACCGAGGGCCAUUCAGAGACAACUUGAUAAUCUGUUUCCUGGUUUGUGGCUUGACUCCAUUACUGCUGAUUCAUACAAAGUAUCUGAAGCUUCUACAAAGGGAUAGAUUUAGGUUAUGACGGUUAUCGAUCUUUCUUUGUGUUUGGUGGAAGUUGGCUUUGGGAUUCUUUGAAAGUUGUUUCAAGGUACAAUAAACCUCUAACUUGUAUAGGUUUGAGGGUGGUGUAUAUAAUGGGUUCUGUCUUCCUUCAUGUUAUGGUUUGUUUGUCUUUUGAUAAGCUUACAGAGAACUUUUUUGAAUUUACAAAGAUUAGUUCAUAUAAUAUCAUAUGAGUUAUUUUGGAGGUUUA